AUGUUUGGAUAUGGAAAGAGUUCGUCGACGUAUACUGCGAGGGGGAAUUCAUCCAUUGAUCAAAGCAGAGGUUUGGGAGUUUUUGUUAGGAGGCUACAUCCAGACAACACGUUUGAAGAAAGGAACAAACUGAGGAAUCACAAGAGGUAUCAGUAUUGUGCUUGGAAAGAGGAAUGUCGGAAAAUGGUUCCUCUCGUUGGUUGCGGAAACUUUGUCACAAUGGCAGUUGCCUUGAUGUUGUUAGAACGGAUCGGUAUCUCUGCUUUUUAUGAGAAUGAGAGUAAUCAAGCAAGACUAUGGGAUAUUCUUUCCAUAUAUACAUGGUUGUAUCUUGAUAUGGGCUAUGUUCAGGGUAAGUCCACCUUGGCAAUAAUGGUGAAUCUUCGAUGCGGGAGAACAUAG